AUGCUGACCCUGUCCCUCUCAGUUGCCGCUCUCUUGGCCCUCAGCACCGUCGCAUCUGUCUCGGCGCAACCUGCAUCACCUCUUUCGUCAUCACUACAACACCGCCAUUCCUUCGUCAGCACUCUCCCUGUCGAGCCCUCGGACGAGAACCUCAAGGUCGCACUCCAUCAGGUUCAGGUCGUGGGAAUAUCUGGGUUCUGGGAAUGGGAGGUCAAGGGCUCUAUCCAGGGCUUCUCAAAAGCUGCUGGAAAGCCCACUGAACAGGGCACAGUCAACAGUGGCAGAGUGCAUGUCCAAUGGUUCGAUAACAAGGCGCCGCUUCUUCGACCCCCGUUUACCCCGACCUUCAUUCCUGGUUUCCAUUUGGCUGUAACAAGCGAGGACUUUAAGGGGACAUGGAGAGAGUACUGUCCCACCUUGGCAGAGUUGAUCGGGGCAAUUGACUGCCAGGAGCAAGAAGAGACACAGCGGGAGGAUCAGCGCACCAAGGCUGUCAACUCCAAGCACCUGAUCUCCAUGCACAAUCACCACUAUGUGCACAGGACUACCGACCCUACGGGAUUCUUAUCUAACUCCUCCACUAUUUCAUCGCUUAUCUCCAAGCAACAACGAGCAGGAUCCACUGGAGGACCAGCAUUGAUUGACCUUGUCUUGCAGAAUGGCAGUGCAAACUUGAAGGUCAUUUGGCCUGUUGGAAGCCAUGAUCGGGAUGGACAGAAUAAUAUUAUCAAGAUUUCAUUCGACGAGCGAACAGACAAAGUGGUCGAGAUUGGUUGGUUCUAUCGCGAGCUCACAGAACAAGAACACACCGUUUACGACCAUUACCUUGGAGCAACAAUCAAGAUGGAUGCUGAGGGCGAGGUUGUCAGUGAGGCCCUGAUCCAAUCACGGUCGUCAGUAUUCCCACCGCACAAACGCGAGCUUUCAACAGGCAAGGUCCGGUUUCCGGGACAUGCCUAUACUUCAACAAUGAGCCCUCCUCAGACAUUCCACCCUCAUUCCAUCACGACCAUUCAAUCGAACCCCUAUAUCUCAGGAACGACAGCCGGUUGCGACCUCUAUGUCUUGCAGGUCCUACCUGCGGGCAUCUUUGUAGACCCCUUCCAGCUGGAGGGUCUCGCACCCGAGAUCGGAGAGGCUGUGGUCUUUGGAGAGACAGAUUUGGAGAAACCCGUGGGCGUUGUCUCUGGCUGGGGCAGUCUCGUCAUGGUGAAGGUUCAGCCAGAGGAUUCUGUCAAGACCUCGAGAUGGAUGGCAACAGGAAACAACAGGACUGAUACUGCUGCAGAAGGCGAGAAGACCAGCAGCAAGCCGUCGCCCUAUACUUCAACGGUCGAUAUCCCCAUGCAUAUGAGAUAUCAGCCACCAGUCUCGGCCGAGAAUCCAGUAACGCAUGUCGAUGUCGCAGUUCCUUGGCCUAUUGUCGCAUGGGCAUGUGCGGCUUCUGCAGGUAGUGAGGAGGCAACGCUCGCGAGCGCCAAGAAAUUGUUCCAUAUCCCACCAUUGCCUCUCAGUCUCCUGUUUCCGAGCGAAGGCAGCAAGGACGCGGUCGAUUUCAGAUUUGUGCUGCCGGAUCCUAUCCCGAAACAGUACCCGGAGAGCCAUGUGUCUGUACCUGUGGGUCGAUUGGAGGACUUGCCGCUGGUCAGAACAGCGACGUUUGCGUUGGCGGGUGCUGGAACGUUGGCGGUUGUGAUUGCGUUGGUCAAGGCCAUAACAGGACGGUCAGCUGAAAAGGGCAAGCAGGACUAA